ACCCAGUCUGCUGGAGGAGUUGGGCUUCGUCAACGUGCAGAGGAAGGUGUUUCACAUGCCCGUGGGCGAGUGGGCGCGAGACUCCCACCUGCGGCUCCUCGGCGGCUAUUUCCGCGAGGUCGUUGUCGAUUUCGUGGGGGCCAUGGCCUCACGGCCGCUCGUCGAAGCCGGGGUCGACAAAGAAGAGAUCGCGGACCUCGUCAGAGAUAUCACGGAGGCGGCCAGCAACAGACGCAUCCACGGCUAUCUGCCGAUCCACUUCGUCUGGGCCCAAAAGCCGCCAGCCUGAACACCACACACGGCCAGAUAUUGCUAUCCUCCCCGAAGCAACCAGCCAGUCCCGGGGCGUCCCACCACACGAUGAAGAAUAACACCCCGAACCCAGCAAGCCCAUGCAACGCAACCUGCACGCGAGUCAGCCAGCCAUCCAUCCAUCCGAUAUCCCCAACCCAGCCGGCCACUCACCACAGCUCCCGAGACCGACCGACCGACCAAAGUUCCCAAGGAGAGAGAAGAGAGACCCCGACCCGUCACCGAACGCUCCCCAAUUUGCCGAGCGAGAGAACCCGACCGGGCAGCUGCACGACGCCGUUCCCGGCUUCUUUUUUUUUGGCCCUCUUUGACCGAACCGACCCCUCAUCGUGCCGGCCCCAGGCGUGGCGUUGCAGUGCAUGCUGCGUUCGAUGCGGGUCUGGCCCGCCCGUGCGGCCGCCCCCCCUUUUCCCCCUCUCCCCGCCCGCCCUCAUGGGCGUCCCCAUGGGCGUUUGGGUGUUCAUAUGGUAUGCAUGCCGGGGAGAGAGGAAGGGAGUCCCGCUGUGGGUGGUGGGUGUGGUUGAUGGCUGGUUUGGUUGUGCCGUGCCGUGUUUGCCGGGGUUUGGGCGGUGGUGCUGUCCGGAUUCUAUGGGGGGUGGUGGGCGUGGGUGGUUGGGUUUGGGGAUAUGGGAGGUGUGGAUUUGUGCCGGUGGAAGGGAAGGGAGUAAAGAACCAUGUGCGUUUCCCUUGUCGGCUUUGAUAGGGCGAUUCGGAUGCCGAGAUCGUUGACGUCGGGUUCCCGAGAGACUGGCUGUUCAGUGAGGUACUUGUAAAACUUGUUAACGGGAACGGUCAAGGCUUCCUGUGGAAGGGAUGCGAGGCUGCCUACCUAUUCGUACCUAGGUAUAUAGGUAUCUGAUCGAACAAGCUAUCCCAUCCCCAUUUGCGUUAGGU